AUGAGUUCACCUUUGGAAAGGAGAAAAUUAAAAUUUUCCAAUACAAAACGAGACGAGAUUCGUGAUGAUUUGUUGAAGGAUGUAGCACUACUGAGUAGAUCUCAAGGACCAAAUCAGCAAUUGGAGAGUCUCAAGACAGAUGCUACAAAGAGGGAACAAUUACUAAACCAAAUUAAAGUAGAGACGAACGAUUCUAACAUAGAACAUGGUUUAAGGAAACUUCGAGAAAUCAUAGUUAGCAUGAUAUGUGAUGAUAACAAUGACCAAUGGAUUCCAUUUGCCGAAAAUGUAUAUAUAAUGUCUUUUGAGUUCUUCCUCAGGCGAAAAGAAUGGGGUAAGAUUGGAGGUAUUGUACUAGAAUUUAUCAAGGAUAACUUACAUGAUCUAUUCUACGAAAGAGGUUUCCUAGAAGUAUAUAUUCUAUAUCUUUCUCAUUUAGAGCAUAAUUUGACCAAAAGUAUAGAUAUGAUAUCACAAGGGAAGAAUGUUAGAGUUAACGAGACGAAUAAUUACCUGUUGAGACUUUCUACCAUAUAUUGCGAAGAGACUGCACCACCAACGAUAUGGUUUCGCAUAUUACAAGAAUCUCAGCUAAAGGAGAAAUAUCCACAAGCAUAUCAAUUGCUAGAACAAUCCGGUAAAGUGACGGAAAUGCAAGGCAGAUGUUUCAAUAUUGUAAAAAUGUCAUAUAACCAGAUAAGUUGGCAAUACUUAGAAGAAGACUGGCUCUUAGGGAUACCAAUGAACGAAACUCUGCGUUCAACGAUUGAAAAUACAUAUUUGAUUAACAAGAACAGCAACGGUUCUCGAACCAUAAUGCUCAAAAAACGUAAGGUAUAG